AUGAGUAAGCCUACUUCUUUCUCCACCAGAAGCGCGUCUAGUUCAAGCAGUUACUAUACUAGAAAUACCAAGUCUACCUUGACCGAACUUAAACCCGAAAAAUAUCUGGGAUAUAAGUGCCAAAUUAGUGAAGCUCGAAUAAAACAGGAACCAUCAUAUUCUUCCACCCAGCCUAUAGCACAUACCAUUAAUAACGGACUAGAGAAUAUACCAAAGCCUCAUUACUCGUCGACCCGUAUACUAGAAUCAGUCAGUCAAUCGAACAACGAGACACACAGCUUAAUACAAUUCGAAAGCGACGGGCAGAAAAUAUCUGAAUGGAGUUCAGAAAACAAAAUGAAGCGAACGGACGAUAUGGAAAAGCUUAAUAACAUUCCAUUAAGUGAUACUUUCCUCGAAUCACAAGUUGAAGAAUUGACUAUCCAAAAUAGAAAAGAAGAUGAAACAAACAUUGAAACAGAGAUUUUGGAGGAGAAAAACUCCAGCUUUAAACAACCAGAAGAAAGCAAUCAUUAUAAUUCAGAGACAUCCAAUACUUUUGACAACAUGGAAGCUAAACUAGUUACCAUCAACGACAAAAAACUGGUGUCUAUAAAAUCAGAACUCAAUGAGGUUCGCCAGAGGAUAGCCGAUAUAUCAAGUUUUACUGGGUGUAGUGAUACUACAAAGUUCAUCAAAGGAACUUUGUUUCUUAUAGAUAUCUGGCCAGAGCAGCGCGACACCCUUCGCCAUCUUUCCCUCAAGAUUAAGCGUGGAAGUAUGGGAUUUAGUCCUGUAAUUGCUCAAGCUCUCUUGGAAAAACUGCUGACGUAUUACAUAAGCUACUCAAUCUAUAAUACCGGUGCCUACAUCAGUGAAAUAGUCAAACAUGACGGUACUAUUCUUCCCCGAUGGAGAUUUCAGCAAAAGAAUCAAGAGCUGCCUUUUGAAGAGCGACAAAAGAUAUGUCAAGUUGUCAGAGAACUCGAACGGGAGCGCAAAACAGAGAAAGUGAAAUUGAUAAUUGUUGACCGGUUAUAUACCGUAUACACCAAAAUCCACGGAGAUGAUGAUGCAGAUGAAGUAAGGGAUCAGCUGUGGGAAAUUGUCGAUCAAGCUGUAGAGGUCAGUCUAGAUAUGUGGAGCCAACCAAUGCCAGUGAAAUCGGUUAAGGCUACAGAAGAUGUCUAUAAAAGCGAAGAUUAUGCAGGAAUACCUGCUGGAUCAGAACCUGGCCCAAACACAAUUCAACUGGAGAUUUAUCCAUCUUUCAAAACUCACAACAGCUUCGGGGAGGAAUACGUUUUACUAAAAGGAAAAUUGCUCUACCUUCAAUAA